GUCAGUCAAUAUUUCUGUGCAAAAUUGGGUGGUUUUUCAAUGUUUACCUCAAGACUUUUAUAAAAGUGAACUCACUGAUACUGGUCGUGUUUCAUUGCCCGGUGUUUUUAACCCCUGGCUGAAGAUGAGUCACGUGAGAGUCCUAGAGUCUAAUAGGCUUGUGUCUGGAAAUUGUAUAAUUAUACUUAACCCUAACAGUCCCAAAUCCUCCGAUUUCAACAUGAUUUUACAUACACCCUAGGGGGUCAGGGUUAAUACCUUCCCAAAUUAUCCAAAAUAUGCUUUGCAUUUUAUAAGUAAACUGUCUUAUGGAUUGCGGCUGUGUGGCGGACGUGUGGCUGAGUUUCAAGGAUGCAUUGUGCAAACGCCUUGGGACAAAUCUUGUGUUCUUAAUACUCCGCCAUGAGUAAAUUCAUGCCCAGUUGAUACUGAAAGGCUUCCCUCCCCCUCCGGGAUAUUAUUCACGCUCUGCUUCAACACACCGCCACGAAUUCCUGGAGGUUUUAGGAGGAUCGAUGAGACUGCAUCCAAUUUUAACAGGGAGGCAGUGGGAGGAUUGUGAAGGACGGAGGUUGCAUGCUAACAAAAGUGCCUCUGGAAGGAGUCGGGGAUAGCAGUUUGUAAUUGUGCUCACUUUUACUCAGGUUUCCCUGCAAGAAUACACGGACGUCAAAGUUGAUUUCCUCGUGUAGAUGUAAUAGUUUUCUUUUGAUGCCCCAGAAUCCCAACUUCCUUCGGUGUUUUGCUGGGAAGCAUUUUGAAUUCUCCCCCCAAAUCUACUGCAGUAUAGAAAUUCCGUGGAAUGUCUUUGUACAAGGACACCAAGGCCCAUGUCGGGGGGGGGGGAAGUAAGGUGCCUGGUGUGACUGAGGGCAUUCUUGGGUGAACACAAACAUCUGAGUAGGCUUUUUUCAGUGUGAAGCCUGUGUUUGAUGUUGUUGAAUUACAAGUUGAGAGCACAAAAGGGAAAAAAAUAGGGGCAAAGGAAAAGAUACUUCACAUGAAUGAUAAAAAGAGCAGAGCGAACCAGGUGUGCCUCCCUCAGAUCUUGCCACAUGUACUGAUUUUCAUUUUGGAAGUUUCAAAGUGUUAAUUAAAUUAUCAGAUUGGGUCUUUGUCCCUCCUUGACUAAGUAGCCCGUGCCGGCAUUACUUUGACGGGUUCUAAACAAGGAAGCAGUGGACAAACCUGCCACACGAUGAUGACAUAACUGCCGGGUACUUUAAUUUCCAUUACCUUGCACAGUGCGAAAGUGAAGAAUCUCCUUCACAAGGCCAGGCCAGCUUCGCUUUUGAGAAACCUGACCAGUGUUUUGUGAGUUUUGCCCUUGAUUGUUGUGUUCGGUUUGCUGUUCGUGGCAAGCUUAGGAAAUAAAAGUUGACUACAAGGGAGUUUCCAAAAACGAAGAGUUGGAAGCCAAAAGUGAAACGGUGUGUUGUAGUGUAAUUUUUCCAUUUCUUGAUACAAGUAUUUAAGAAUGAACGUGACAGCAAGUAUCUAUGCCAGUUUUUUUCCAGCAUGACAUCAUUUAAAGUAUUUACCUCAGACUUUCCAACCUUCAAGAUCAUUUUGUUUACAAUACACGAGACAGUUAACUCAGCACAGUGGUCCUCUGUCACAACUUGCAAAACUUGAUGGAGGCAUUGGUUACUCAAUGUUACAUAACACAAGAGAGCUCCAGUCCUUACCUUAGGUCCUCAUUUCUGUCUCCAAAACUUGACCUCGUAGAAUUUGGCUGCCGUAUACUGCCACUGCUUGUUGUUUGCUACACAUGCCUGAGCAGAUUACAACGGCCUUUCACAUGUGAUGUCACACAAGAGGAGAACCCAAGUGCAGCUGUCUUGAUUUGCAUGUACGUGAAAAAGGACUGCAGUUUCUUUCCUGCUGUGUUGGAAUGAAAGAAUUAACCCUCCCUAUGCAGCAUUCUGGACAAGUGAAUUUGAUUUUGUGAAGAGAUUGCUCAGCCCAAAUGAGAGGGCUGUGACAGAGCAGAACACGGCAGUGUAGCUUCUCUUCAACUGUACCCAAGUGGAGUGGAGCCAUGUAAAUCCUCAGCUGGUUUUACGCAACCACCUGGUUCAGUUUCUGAAUCAUACGAGAGAUAUUAACUACUACUUCUGCUGUACUGCUGCUUUCGAACCUGUGGAUGUUCUCUCUGCAAGCAUAUUCUUUGAGUCCGUCGUCACCAGCAGCAAUCCUUCUGUGUUUGCUUCUUCAUCUGUAGCGGUUUGUUCUGCCUUGGACAAUCACAGCAGCCAUCACAACACAAACUCCAGAGCAACAAGACAGAGCACAGUCAUGUUGUCUUACCUCGCAAAUGUCACCGUCUACGCCCCGGCGACUGCUUCCAUUGACCAGCUGGACAUGUUGAUGUGCACUUUCUUCAUCUGCGUCUUCCAGAACCACACCCAGGACUGCUCCGUGGCCUAUUCCCUGCCCCAGUUGUAUCAUCCCCUGAUCUGGGAUGCCAGGGGGCCAGCCCCAGGGACUCUAGUGAACGAGUCCCUCACAACCCAGAGCAGCGCAGUGUACAGGCUUUUCAACCACUCACUACAAAUCCGUGCCCUUGAGAGUCCAGCUGAGGCUGACGACUUUGUGUAUUCUGGUGCACAGUCCAUUUUGUAUGGUUUUGUUUUGCCCAUCGUCAAACUAUUUGGGCUCCUUUCCAAUUUGUCUUUCUUCUUCACCUUGCUGAGAGUUCCUUCAAUGCGAAAUGUAACCAAUUUCUAUCUUUCCAAUGUGGCAGUUGCAGAUUUGUUGGUGUUGAUUUUUGCCACCACUUCAAACCAAUGCCAAGUCUUGACAACACAUAUUUCAGUGGACAUGUCAUCUCUUGGCAACUCACCCCAAGUAGUUUAUAGUCUCUUUGUGUACUUACUCAAUGUGGGUACCAUUUCCUCUUUUGUGUUUGUUACUGUGCUUAGCUACGAACGAUGCUUUGCCAUUUAUCACCCUUUUGAACACCAUGCUGUCAAUCUGAAAAAACGAGCAAUAAAAGUAGCCGUUUGCUUUUGGCUGCUGUCCUUGUCUGUGAAUGCAGCCUUUUUCUGGUUUCAGUUUGAGGCCUGGAAUGUACCACCAAUCAAGUGUCUUAUCUGGCCAAGUGAAGAAAAGUAUAAACAUUUAUCGAGUAAUGUGAAGGUGUUUGUGAAUAGCGACGAAAUGAUUUUGACAUGGUUGCAAGUGACUAAUUAUGUGCUCUUCUGUAUAUACGGCCUGUGUUUGGUUCUUACAGUAAUUUUCAAUGUUUGCCUUAUCAAGCAAAUGCAUGCACCAUUUCAAGGUAACAUGCAGAUCCGAGGCCCCUCACAAAAUCAGCGAAGGGCGACGGUGAUACUUGGCAUCAACACAACCGUGGUGUUUUUGUGUUUUCUGCCACAAAUUGUUAUUACCCUGGUUUUGAUAUUAUGUGGUAGUUCAGAUGGAUUGCAUUUGUCCUUUUUUGUGGAACAAGAUUUGUUGUUGAUUGUCAGCUGGCUAAGAAUCAUAAAUGCCUCCAUUAAUUCCGUCAUAUUCAACGCCGGUAGUGGAAGUUACAGAAAGGCCUUCAAGCAAGCCUUCUGUUGCAGCAAGAGGCAGCAAGGACACAGGGUCAAUAUUGCUCUGCAAACGUUACCCAGAGCAGAUGUUGAUAACAGAAUCUGAUAACAUGAUUGAGAGCUUGGAUCAGAGCAGGUUUUCCACCAGAUUUAUUGUCCUCCCCCCCCCAAAAAAAACCACUUUUGUAAGUCCAAAAGGGUUGUAUACAGAGGCUUUGCUUGGUAGCCAUGAUGCAGGGUAGUUGUCGUGCUCCCUCUUUCCUUUGUGCAUACAAUACCCUGUUGAACAAAAGCACUGGCCUGCAAGACAGCAGCCACGCAAAGCCUUUCUAGAACCACUUUCCAGUAAUUUCUGUGCAGUAAACAUCUUUCUCGCUUAAUUCACUGUGUCCUUGCUGUGAAGCAGUUUAAUCCAGAUUAAAGUUUAAACCUGUGGCUUUAUCAGAUACUAAUUGGCAAUGCAAACAAUUGUGGUAGUUGAAUGGGUAAAACAUCUUCUCCAGCAAGUAGUAGGUUGUGGGGUUCAAGUCUCACCCAAGCAAGCUUGGUAGCACAGGGCUACCGUAUUAGUGUUUAAAAUUUCUGUUUCUACGGCCUGCACUUGCAUCCUCACUGUCAUUCUCAGUGCUCUUCUUAUGAAGCAAUUGCACACAUCACAUCCAGAUAAUAGUCAGAUGCAAAGUCCAUCCAAAACUCAGUAAAGAGCAACAGUGAAACAUUGUGGUAGGCAUCACUGCAGCUGGGAUAUUUUUGCCUUUCUGCCACAGACUAGAAUUAUCCUAGUUUUUUAAUAUUUAUCAUCUCGUUUUAGAUGAAUUGCAUUUGUCCAUUGUUUUGGAAAAGGAGUUGCUUCUGAUUGUUAACUGCCUCAGAAUUAUCAAUGCCUCCAUUAAUUCCGUCGUAUUCAACGCCGGUAGUGGAAGUUACAGAAGGACCUUCAAGCAAGCCUUCUGUUGCAGCAAGAGGCAGCAACUACACAGGGUCAAUAUUGCUCUGCAAACGUUACCCACAGCAGAUUAUUUGAAUUAUUCUGUAUAUAGAACAUGCAUACAUGUCACAUCUCCCUGGUCUGCCAUCCUCAUGCUGCACAUGUAACACAGCCAAUUGAAUAUGCAGAUUGCUUUGCUGGAUACGUGGGGUGGCAUACCGAAUAAGGGUAAUGCCGGAACAUUUCAAAGAGUUUGUCUGAUUCCUAUGUUGCCUGACAUUUAGAGUAGUUUCUCCGGCAUUUCUUUGCUUGUUUUUUUAUGAGGAGUAGAGCAGUUGCCUUCAGAUUUUAAAAGACUCCCUAUGAGUCAUCGUACGGAUGCAGAGAUUUUGUACACCGAGUGUUAACUCCCGGUGACAGUUACAUGGAGUUGUGAUAGCUUAGAGUUUGAGACUUACUGUAACAUCAAAGCAUUGGGUUUAUGAGAAGUUGAUGGAGAAAAGUCUGGUAUGUACUGUACAUUCAUCUGUACUUUGUUAAGGGAAAGUCAGAUUCACCGCCCGUCUCUAAACUGUUAGUUGAUGAUUGUGUAUAAAGUUCCAUUCAUUGAAAGUGUCAGUUUGCCUUGAUGUGUUUGUUACAAAUCUGAAAGUACCUACAUGUAAGUUCAUGGGUUCUCCUUUUUCUGUGUUCUUGAAUUUCUGUACAGGUUAACAUCAAAAUUCAUUACAAUUCUGUAGAGUGCCGAUGUCUGCAUUAUCCGUUCAAUUGUUAUUGUGUACUAGAAUGAACAUGUACAUGUAGAUUUGACUCUUGACAGUUUCAUUUGGUGACAGCAGAAAUUCAUAGUUUUCUUUGUAUUUUUGUUGUUUUUGUUGAUUUGGUAAUGCUCUAAUUUAUUAAGGCUUCUUUUAGUGGAGCUUCAGGUGACAAUCCACUGCACACCAAGGGUGAGAUUUCCUGUUUCCUUGAGAUGUAAACUGUGACCAUGAACACCAUUUUUAAGGAAAUGCAAUUUUACAGACAGGCCACUAUAAUUGGCAUCCCUAGGAUAGCUCAUAACAGACACAAGACACGAGAUUUGAUUUAUAUCAUUUUAUUUAUUUAAUUAUUUUGGCAAUUGUAAACAAACAAAAACAAGAUAAUACAUCAAAAACAAACUAAUCUCAAGGCCAAGGAUGGCCCCAAAAUGUCUCUAUAACAAGGCUCUUUUCCAAUGGGGUCCUCACUUACGAAGAUUUUUUUCACCGAAAAUGUUUGCCAAAACAAUCAAAUACAAUGUGGUCAGUAAUGUAAGGAACAGCAUAUAGCAACUAGAGCCAUACUGGAUGGGUACAGGACUCAACCUGGGCUUAACCAAUCCCCAGAACCCCAGUAGCUCGCCGAGCUACCUGUCUUGUCCACAGCAGUAAUGAAGAUGUCGUUAUGAACUUGUGGCUAGGGCAAGAGGAUCCUGUCCUGCAUGUCAAAGCCUUGUAGACAUGGAUGGGAAAGGGGAAGGGACAGGAUAGGAUGUUUAGUGCCUAAAGUCUGAUCCGGAACCUUUUCUCUGGGGCAGAUUCCCUAGAUAAACAGUGACAAACAGGCUCAGAGAGACCAACAUAAAUCUGUGAGGCAGUCACGACAGAUUGCUAGAAUUCAGAACUAAGCUAGUUUAUUCAAAACCCAAAUCAUCCUCCAGUAUUAAGUAAUACUUCACUAGAUGAGGUGGAUUCAGUUUGCAUAUGACUUCUCAUUCAUUCUAAGCAUCAUAAUUGUUGCUCCCGUGCAUAAACCUGAUUGGACUGACAGCCAGUCUAACUUUCAAUAACAGUGUGUUUGUGUAAUGGUAUGCCACGUAUGUGAUAAAAGUCACAAGAAUCUGAAAGAAACAACACAGUAAAUAGCAUUAAGAGUGAAAUUGACAGCUUCUGCACAUUAUAACGGAAUUACUCUGCACAUAGCACUCUUAGAAAGUUUAUGCAGUGAAUAAUGUUUGGAUUGCUCACUGAAAACUCACUCAAAAUAACACAAGAUCCACCUUCAUGCUGUCAUAUGAAGAAAUGAUCACUGUUCACCAAAAAGAAGAAGAAAAGGUUGAUUUUUGUCACAUUACAGUGGAACUGGAGCAUUGAUAUUAAGAUAAAUGAAAGUUGUGCAGACUAAAAGCGACAAACUACAUAGUUGUACAUGAUUGAAUCAUUAAUUAACAAUCCAAGAUGUCAGGGGUUAGGUUUGCAGUCGAUUGACUUACUUGUACUUGUGUAGAUAUAUGGGUAAUUCCAGAAAUUAGGGGUCUGAAAGUGUGACAUUUUUCUGUCCCUGUUACAUCUGACCUUUGU